AGGAAUACUGGAGUGCACAGCGGCGCAGCUGCGCAGAGACGCAGGAGAGAGAAUAAAUGCUGUACUGUUAACAUAUUUAUUUUUUUGCUCAUAAUCACACGUAUCGCGAUUAUGCCGGGAAUGAUGGACAAAGGGUCGGAAUAUCUGGGGAAAGGUCGCUCAAAUGGAACGAAAAGCCCGUCGAACGCCUCGAAUGGACAUUUUUCAGACGAGAGCGGCAGUGACGACGAGCACGAUGUGGGCAUGCGUGUGGGAUCAGAUUAUCAAGCUAAUAUUCCAGAAUUUGAUCCAGGUUCCACAAAAUACAGUGAUAAAGACAGUGGUGGAAUGUUGGUUUGGUCUCCAUAUCACACAAUAGUUGACUCUAAAUUGGACGAGUACAUUGCGAUUGCAAAAGAAAAGCAUGGCUACAAUGUUGAGCAGGCUCUCGGCAUGCUUUUCUGGCAUAAACACAACAUUGAGAAAUCACUUGCUGAUCUCCCAAACUUCACCCCCUUCCCUGAUGAGUGGACGGUGGAGGACAAGGUGUUGUUUGAACAAGCAUUCAGCUUUCAUGGGAAGAGCUUUCAUAGGAUCCAGCAGAUGUUGCCAGACAAAUCCAUAUCCAGUCUUGUGAAGUACUACUAUUCGUGGAAAAAAACACGGUCCCGGACAAGUCUAAUGGACCGGCAAGCCCGAAAGCUGGCGAACCGGAGUAAUCAAGAUGAAAGUGAGGAAGAGAUGGAAGAAUCCAACCCCGUUGAGGCCAAUGACAGUGAUUAUGACCCUACGAAAGAGGCAAAGAAGGAGAGUCAAGCAGAACCUCAGACACUAAGUUCCAAAAUUGGAUUGGGACGGAGAGACCACCAGACCCUACAGCACCGUCACCACAGCCAGCGGUCCAAGUGCCGCCCACCCAAAGGCAUGUACCUCACACAGGAGGAUGUGGUGGCCAUCUCCUGCAGCUCCAAUGCAGCAAACUCUGUCCUGCGUCAGCUGGACAUGGAGCUGGUGUCCCUGAAACGACAGGUUCAAAAUGCCAAGCAGUUGAACAGCGGACUUAAACAGAAGAUUGAAGAUGGAAUUGAUGAAUUCAGGCUGCCUGAGUGCACCCAAAAAAUUAACGCCCGCUGGACAACAGAUGAGCAGCUCUUGGCAGUACAAGGAGUAAGAAAAUAUGGGAAGGACUUCCAGGCUAUUGCUGAUGUCAUUGGGAAUAAAACAGUGGGACAGGUAAAGAAUUUCUUUGUGAACUAUCGGCGGCGGUUUAACUUGGAUGAGGUGCUUCAGGAAUGGGAGGCGGAACAGGGAACUCAUACUCCCAAUGGAGAUGGAGCCAAUUCUGGUGAGGAUGGGAAAAACAGCAACACCUCCUCAGGGAAGAGCACAGAUGAAGAAGAGGAAGAGGGUCAGGUGACCCCAGCCUCUGGUCCAUCUCCUGUAGCCACAUCAUCAUCCCUGACAGCAGCCACCAGCUCCACCUCUCUCAACCAACCUCCACCCCUUUUGCGUCCAUCUCUUCCUGCCACCCCAGCAUUACACCGGCAGCCGCCGCCUCUGCAGCAACAAGCCCGCUUCCUUCAGCCCCGUCCUGCCCUGAAUCAGCCACCCCCACUCAUUCGACCCUCCAACCCCCUCCCUCCACGCCUCAACCCCAGACCGGCAGCACCCAUUUCCAGCACGGCCUCCACAGCACCAGGGCAGCAGCCGCCCACUCUGGUGGGCAUCCCAUCUGAGACGCCCUCCUCCUCUCUACACUGAUGCGUUUUAUAAAUCUGUGGCAUUGCAGUUGAAAGUAAUAAUUAGUUAGCAGUGCUCAUUGUGAAUACUAGAAAAAAAAGAUUGUUUUAAACUGUAUAUAUUAGUUAUGUAACUUUUUAUUUAUUUGAACUGAUUUUUUAUUUUAGAUUUUGUAAUCAUGUCGUAACAUUGUACUUUAAAGUGUUAGUUCACACAAAAAUGAAAAUUCUGUCAUUAAGUACUCCCCUUCAUGUCGUUCCAAACAUGUAAGUCCUUUGUUCAUCUUCAGAACACAACUUUUUGAUGAAAUCCAAGAGGUUUCAGUCUCCCAUAGAUCUCAAUUUAACCGCCACUUUGACGCUCCAAAAAGUUCAUAUAGAGAUCGUAAAACUAAUCCUUAUGAAUUGAGCGUUUUAGUCCCAAAUUUCUAAAGAGACUUUAUAUAAUAAACAUUUAAUUUAGGCUUUUAUUCACAUUUAAAACUACUCACACAUCAGUUGUGGUAAACAGAAUCUCAAGCAUGUUUGCUUGACACGCACGAGAGCCAAUGAGGUUCGUUCUCGUGUAACGCAGCAUAUUUGAGCUUCCGGCAGAGGUUUGUUCUCAUGGGGCAAGCAGGUUCGGUUGAGCUGCUGUUUAUGUUCGCUGAUCAGUGUUUAUAUGCGAGUAAAAGCCUAAAUUAAAUGUGUUAUAUUAUAAAGUUUAUAUAAUAUUAU